GUAGCUCGCCAAUGGAGGCAGUGAAGCGCGUUUGCUGCUCGCCGUCCCGGCCACCCAUGCCGACCUCCUUCUUCUUCCUCCUGCUGGGCGGCGGCACCAUCAUCUUCCUCGCGGUGUCUGCCGGCGCCAGGGACACCAUUCUGCCUGGCGAGGGCAUCUACGGGAACCAGACGCUGGUCUCCAGGAACGGCGUCUUCGAGCUGGGGUUCUUCUCCCCGGGCGCGGACAUAUACCACUUCCUGGGUGUCAGGCUCAGGAGCACGCCGGCGAGCGCCGGCACCACGACGUUCUGGUUCGGGGACAGGGUCUACAUCACCGACCUGCCCGGCGCGGCGCUGGAGCUCUUCGGCGGCCGCCUGUACAUCAUGGAGGGUGGGAGCAGCCUCUGGUGGUCGAGCGUGCCGGCGGGCGGCGACGGCCCCUCGCCGGCGGCCGGCGCCGCGGUCCUCCUCGACAGCGGCAAUCUGGUGGUGGUGGACCAGGCCAACUCCUCGCGGAUCCUGUGGCAGAGCUUCGACUGCCCCGGCGACACGCUGCUCCCCGGCGGGAAGCUCGGGCUCGACAGGGACGCCGGGAGGAACAUCUCGCUGACGUACACCAAGUCAGGGCACAACGGCAGCCUCAGCGUCGACCGGAGCAGGAGGAACGGGUUCGUGCUCACCACCGACGGGCAGGACGCCAUUCCGGGGACCUUCCCGGAUUGGAUGGUGUCGUCUCAAGAAAACGGCAGCUCGCUGGUGCUGAACUAUCCUCGGAGCCCAGAUUUCACCGAGCACCUGCAGCUCCAUCUGGGGCAAGUAAGCCUACGGAGUUGGUCGAAUUCUAGUGGCGGCUGGGUGUCUCGCUGGACCUUGCCUUCUGACUGCAAAUCAGGCGCCUUCUUCUGUGGUCGCUUCGGCGCCUGCAAGAGCGACGGCAAAUGCGACUGCGUCGACGGAUUCGAGCCCUCAAACCCCUCCGAGUGGCAGCUUGGAUACUUUGUGAGCGGCUGCUCGAGAUCUCUUCUACUGAGCUGCGAGAUAAAUAAUGGCCAGACACUGCAUGAUGACUCGUUUGUGCCGUUAGACAAUCUGCAAGGGCUCCCUUACAACUCUCAGAACCAUUCAGCAAGAAGUGAACAAGAUUGCAGAGAAGCCUGUGUGAGCCGAUGCUACUGCGUCGCAUACGCCUAUGACUCUGGAUGCAAGCUUUGGUACCACAGCCUGUACAAUGUGAGUUUUGCUAGUAGACCUCCAUACAGCAAGGUUUAUCUUCGUUUGGGUUCUAAGCUCAGGGUCAGAAAGGGCUUGCAGACAAUCGGUGUUGUAUCCAUGGUGGUCGGGUUGGCAGCAACCACUUGUGUGAUAUUGACACUAGCACUUCUGUGGAGAUACAGGAGAGGUCUGCUAACUUGCAGAAAGUUCCAAGCAGAAGGUCCUCUUGCUGUGUACCCUUAUGCAGAGGUGAAGAGAGCUACAAGGAACUUCUCCGAUAAGCUCGGCGAGGGAGGUUUCGGCUGUGUUUUCAGGGGAACGAUGCCAGGAUCAACUCUUGUCGCUGUGAAGCGUCUCAAAGGCCUUGGGCACGUUGAUAAGCAAUUCAGGGCAGAAGUGCGGACACUUGGAGUGAUUCAGCACACCAACCUCGUCCGUCUAUUGGGAUUUUGUGUCAAAGGGAGUACAAGGUUGCUGGUCUACGAGUACAUGGCUAAUGGUUCAUUGGACUCGCACCUGUUUUCAGAAGAUUCUUGUCUACUGACCUGGGAUCUUCGUUACCGGAUCGCGCUUGGCAUCGCCAAGGGACUAGCCUACCUCCACGAAGGAUGUGAGGACUGCAUCAUACACUGUGACAUCAAGCCUGAGAACAUACUACUCGAUGCAGAGUUCUGCGCGAAGAUCGCAGACUUCGGCAUGGCGAAGCUUCUCGGGCGAGAAUUCAACUCUGCCCUGACCACCAUUCGAGGGACCAUGGGCUAUCUCGCGCCGGAGUGGGUAUCAGGACAGCGGAUCACCACGAAGGCAGAUGUCUACAGUUUCGGCAUCGUGCUCCUCGAAGUAGUCUCCGGGAGGAGGAGCACCGUCAGGCUGGAAUCCGGGAGCCACCGGUACUUCCCUCUCUACGCGGCUGCCCAGCUGCGUGAGGGAAACGUGCUGCGCCUGCUCGACCGUAGGCUGGGAGGGGAUGCCAGCGUCGAGGAGCUUGGUGUGGCAUGCAGAGUUGCCUGCUGGUGCAUCCAGGACGAGGAGAGCGACAGGCCAUCGAUGGGCCAAGUUGUUCGUAUGCUGGAAGGUGUUGUGAACACGGAAAUCCCACCGGUUCCGUCUUCCUUCAUGGACCUUGUUGAGGGAGAGAACAGCAGUGUGUAUUAGUGUGAUAGUUAAUUUUUCUUUUUGCGAA